UACCCCAGAAUAUAUUUCACUAUGGAGAUUGUAGUAUCGAAAAACAAAGGAGACCGUUUUCUAAGAAAUAAUGUUGCUCUGAAACAGAAUGAACAGAAUGAAAAACCAACGAAAGCUUUAUUCAAGAAAAGUGGCUUAAAGUUAUGGACGGAGUUAAAAAUAAAGUGGAAAAAUCAGAACAAAAACAAACCUUUUCGUAUUUUAGUUGUUGGAUCCCACAACGUUGGAAAGUCGGCUAUUCUUGUCCGUUUUCUCACUCGCCGCUUUAUUGGGGAAUACAUGUCCGGCGGCGAUGGGUCAUACAAUUUCAACACCGCCUCGGGCCGUCUGGUAACUUUUCUGGACACAAGCUCGUCAUCAACCGAAAAUCCGGUGCUGGCUAGCAAUGAGAUUUGCCGCAGUGACGGCAUAAUAGUCGUUUAUGACGUUGGCGACCCAUCUUCGUUCCGUUAUGCGGUUGAUUGCAUGCAUACGAUAAGGGCAAAUUCAAACAAUGAAGGCGAAGCAGAAAAGCCAAUACUUCUGAUUGGAAACAAGACAGAUCUAGAAAAACGACGAAAAGUAUCGUCUCACAAAGGCAUCGAGAAAACCUGCUUACUGGUGGGCCCCAACGAAUAUGAAGAAGUGUCGGCAGCCGAAGACACAGGGGCAGUAUCUCGGUGCAUGGAAAAGCUCAUCAAGAAAAUCGAAUUAAAAGAAAAUCGACAAAAUAAGAAAAACAAUGAGACUGACGCAACCAAAAAGCGGUUUAGUUGCCAACCAGUUCGAAGCAUCAGUUUGCUUGAGUUGAGUAAAAAUCGAGCACUCAGCCUACCAGAUAUUGUUUAAUAUCUUGUUCCGACGUUCUGCUUCAUAUCCGUUGUUUAUUCACGUUGUGGUUCAAUUGUUAACACGUCUGGCUGUAGCGGUAUAUAGACCUGCAGGUGCGAGACGUUACCCUGCUACCACUAUGGGCGUAGAAUAGGCAAGACGCUACGGUGGCUCCAACCCAGUAGUAGCUUAUGGGUUGUAUUUUCAUGUGUUGCCUCAAUUGUCAAAAAAAGUAAAAUCACAAAAAAAUAACAAAUGUCAUCGUCCCUCCAAGUAGGGAUAAAGCAAGUUACAUUCCUUUAUCUUAUUAUGUUUUGUUUCGUAUAUAUAAAUAUUGUUAUUCUUGUUUCUUCGUAUACAUUACUAUUGUUAUUGUUUUUUCGUAUUUAUGAAUAUUUUUAUUGUUGUUUUUUGUAAGUAUGAUUAUUUUUAAUAUUGUUGCGCUCCUUUAGC